GCUGUUGUCUGCUUCAUCUCGUUGUGGCUCUACUUGUUGUGCGUCUCAAAGUUCACUUCGCGUGUGUAAUGUGUCUUUCAGUAACAUGAGUCUUGAUUUCCCGUUAGUUUUAUAACGACUCUCUGCUAGUUGAGCCCAUAGACCCCCUGUGCCGUUCAGCAAUGUGGGAAAUAUAGUAAAAUUUGUUUAGAGGUUAGCCUUUGUUUUGUUAAACCUUUCCGAGGAGCAGGCACACAUUAACCAUGGACAGUUUAGAGGAAAGCUUGGAAGAUAAUACAAAAUGUUCUAUAUCUAGUGGAACGAUUGAAAGUCAACUGCCUCGAGCUGGAAACUCUCCUGGUUCAGGACGAUUAUCAGCAAUUUUUUUGGUGAUCAACGCUGCUCUUGGAGCUGGCCUUCUGAAUUUCCCACAGGCAUUUGAUCAAGCUGGCGGUAUUCUUACUGCCUUAACUGUACAAGCUGUUUUGAUAGUUUGGAUUGUUGGCGCUCUUCUGAUCCUUGCCCAUUGUGCUGAUAAAGCUGGUGCUCUGACAAUUCAAGAUGUCCUUCAGGCUGCCUGUGGGAAAACAGGACUAAUAACUUGUUCUAUCUUAGUUGCCUUGUAUUGCUUUGGAACUUGUGUCACAUUUCUGAUUAUUAUUGGAGAUCAAUUUGAUCGUGUUUUGCUGACAGUAUGGGGCAAAGGAUUUUGUCACUUAUGGUACCUUGAUCGCUCAUUUACCAUGACCAUGAGCUCAGUUAUGUUUAUUCUUCCAUUGUGCUUCUCGAAAAGGAUUGAUUUUCUUCGCUAUGUGAGCUCUGUUGGGGUUAUAGCUGUUCUCUAUGUUGUUGGCCUAAUUGCUUACAAGUACUGCCUAGGAAAUUUUGUGCCUGGCCCAAUAAAAACUAGCCCCUUGUCAUGGACUGAUAUUUUUCUUGUUGUACCUGCUAUAUGUUUUGGAUAUCAGUGUCAUGUGAGCAUAAUACCAAUUUACUCAUGUCUUCAACACCGCAAUCUUCACAAUUUCUCUGUUGUGUGUAUGUUUGCAGUAGUUUUCUGUGUAGCAGCAUACACAAUUGCAGGUGUUUGUGGUUACUUGACCUUUGGGUCUCUUGUAACUAGUGAUAUUUUGGAAUCAUACAGUGGUGAAAAUCCAUUUGUGUUGCUUGGUAUUGGGGCCAUUGCCAUUAAAACGUUUACAACAUACCCCCUUUUACUAUUCUGUGGGAGGGAAGCCAUUAGUACAGUUUGGUGUGAACUUUUUGGAUCUUCCCAAACAGAAAUAGCUUUGACAGAAUUCAGGAGACGUGUGACAAUUGCAUCUUUGUGGUUCAUUAGCACACUCCUGAUAGCUGUUGUUAGCCCUGACAUUGGAGUUGUGAUUGAUGUGUUGGGCUCCCUGGCUGCUAUUUUCAUUUUUGUUUUCCCAGGUUUAUGCCUAUUGCAAUCAACACUACGCUCUGAUCCUGGCCUGUACCUCAAUAAGCAUCGUUUCCUUGUGCUUGCUGCAUUUGCUUUUAUUGUGGUUGGAACAUUUAUGUUUGGUGUUGUUUUGACUCAGGCUAUUGAGCGCUUUGCUGAUAUUUCUACAAAUACUCAACGACUCUGUGAAUGAUGUGUGGUAAAGAUUAAGAGCUGUGAUAAGUUAAAUUUGUAAUAGAUUAGUAUAUAAUUUGCUUUAUACUUUCAUUUAAUCAUAUUUUAUCCAUUAAUUUGUUGACUAUUUGCGUUUGUUGCCACUGUAUUCAGCAGAUGAUGUUUUUUCCCUUCGUAUGUAGUUUAAAUUAGAACAAAGGCAUGAUGCUGGUUCAUUUGCUUGCCUAUAUUAAUUAGUUUAUGAUCCUUCUAGUUUUUGUAAGUAUAAGCAUCUGUGAUGAUUGUAGCAAUCCUCUGAAAUGUCAGGGCACCUUAUUUUUUGCAUAAUAUAUUGUUGUCAACAUGAAAGAGGUUUGACGAGACAAAUGUUUGUCUAGCUUGUACUUUCUAGUCACUUGUGGAAGUGAAUUCUCUCUUUAAGUAAAUCAUUCCAAGGUGUUAGGUAUAUACAGCAUCUUCCCUAUGAUGUGCCAAUAGCACUAUCCUUAAAAAAGAAAAGGACUGACUGAAAAAAAUAAACAUUAUCAACUUCUAA